AUGUCUACGAACCAACACAGCCCGGAAUACGAAGGGGAGUCCUUUGAUGAUGCCCUUGAAACCGCUGAAAUCCAGGAGAACCUCCAUGUUACCAUCCCCAAAUCUACCUCCACCCGAUCUUUGACCGAUAGCCCUCCUAUCGGCUCCUAUAAAUCUCCGGAUUCAACGGAGAAACAUCCGCUCCCUUCUGAAUCGCAGGACGAGAAGAAGCACGAGACCGCCGACGAACAGGAUAAGGAUGGCGAGGAACAGGGACAGUCCAACAAGAAGAAGAACAAAAAGAAGAAUAAGAAGAAGGGGAAUAAGAAGGACGAUGGAUUUGAUACCAACGACGAAACCAACUACGACACAACUGAAGAGGUGAAUACCGCGACCGACAGGCUCACAGAGGGUGACCACCCGGAGCCAGCGCCCGAGGUUACGCAAAACGAGGCAAAUCCUAACGAGGCAAAUCCUCCCGUGGACCAACAUGACAACAGCGCACCGCCAAAAUCCCCUCUGCUCACAUCCCACCGAUUGUCAGCAGCAUCAUCGCUCGACGAGGUGAACCUGAUGAAUCCCAGCCAAGAGGGACCGACAGACAAGACACCAGGCCCCACGGAGAAAAUGGAACCGCCUCCAUUGCCUCCGAAAGAUGAAUCAGCUCCAGCAAGCUCUGGGUUGAUGGGGCUGUCGGGUAGCCUGCCCACGCUGCCAUGGGGAGCACCUCCGGUAAACAAGAAUCCUCCCCCUGUGCCUCCACCACCCCCUACCCGAAAGGCCAGUGGACCAUUUGCAUGGUUCUCUCGAAGCUCAACUUCCACCGCCAAAGACGUCAAACCUCCCUCCCUCUCCGAUAGCCGUCGCAACACCGCCACCUCGGUAUCCACUCUCGCCAGCAACUUGAGCCAAGCUCGCGAUGGCGACGAUAUCCCAAGCAUUGGCUCCAAGAAGCCGAGACGUAACAGCUUGAAGGAUCAAUUCAAGAUGCUGCGGUUGCGUGAGGAGAGUCAGGUGCCAGAGGCUGAUCAGACGAGUGCCCGAUCUGGCCGUGCUAGCAUCAGCCAGGCCGGAGUUAGCCCCCCGAUUAUCCCCGAGGAAGGAGAGGGUGGCAUUCUGGCCAUACCGACAGUCUCAUCACCGCCGUUGACUCACCCUGGCGCAAGAACUGACUCAGUGACCGAUGCAUCCACCCCGGUGGACUGGGAGAUGUGGCAACAGCUCGUGAACAAUGGCCCACAAGCCUUGGCAAGCUCGGAAGAGCUCAACGCCGCAAUCAAACGCGGUAUUCCACAAACUAUACGAGGAGUUAUCUGGCAGAUCUUGGCAGAUUGCCAGACUGCUGAGCUGGAGGAUACGUAUCGCGAGCUUGUGGCGCGUGGUACUGGACACGACAAGGAUGGACGAGCAGUGAAUGGCACCGAAACCACGUCUUCGCGCUCUUCUGUCCGCUCUCACCACUCGGAAUCUGUCUCACGAUCGCGGAGUCAGACUCCUAGCCCAUCCCACGAGGGCGAUGGCGAUAAGCUGACGAAGGAACAUGCCUUCAACGAAGCCGAACGCGCGAAAAAAGCAAAAAGUGAUGCGGUGGCGCUGUCAAAGUUAGAGAAGGUUAUCAGGCGAGAUCUGGGUGCCCGCACAAGUUACGCGAAGUACUUUGUUUCCCAAGGGAGCCAGGAAGGCCUCUUUGGGUUGUGUAAGGCAUACGCACUGUACGAUGAGGGUGUUGGAUACGCGCAAGGCAUGAAUUUCAUUGCCAUGCCCUUGCUGUUUAACAUGGACGAAGUGGAUGCAUUUGCCAUGCUCGUCAAACUGAUGAACAAGUACUCGCUACGAGACAUGUUCAUUCAGGACAUGCCUGGUCUUCACCGCAGCCUAUACCAAUACGAGCGACUACUAGAAGAUCUUGAACCCGCUCUCUACUGCCAUCUCCGCCGGCGUGGUGUCCCUCCCCAACUCUACGCCACCCAAUGGUUCUUGACACUGUUUGCCUACCGCUUCCCGCUGCAGCUGGUGCUGCGCAUCUAUGAUUUGAUCUUCGAAGAGGGAUUGGAAACUACCAUUCUCAAGUUCGGUGUUGCGAUCAUGCGACGGAAUGCAGAUGCCCUUCUCGCAAUGAAGGAUAUGAGUGUUCUCACCACCUUCUUGAAAGAACGCCUUUUCGAUGCCUACAUCGACAAGCAGCCAUCCACCUCAUCAAUCCUAGAAUCAGGCUUUUUCGGCAGCUCCGGUGCCGCCGAUAAGGAGGUCUACCGGUCUGACAUCUUGGUGCAGGAUGCCUGCGCCAUCCCUCUCACCUCCGAGAUGCUUGCCACCUACACCGCCGAAUGGGAAGAGAAGACCCGCACCGAGAAGGAGCGCGAAGCCGAACUAGACCAUCUGCGACAAACGGUUGCCAUCCAAGGUGCACGGGUCCGACUUCUUGAAGAACGCGCCGAGGCAUCAGAUAAGGAGCAUGUGCAGCUAGCUUCUGAGCUCGUGCACGUCAAGGUAGAGAACGAGGAACUGCGCGAUCUCAACGACGCGAUGAAGCUCCAAGUCUCCGAACUUAAGAACGUGGUCGACAAGCAACCCGCCGAAGUAGAAGAGAAGCUUCGGUUGGAGAUGGAGCGCAUCAUGAAGCGAAACAUUGAAGUGCAAAACGAGAACCGUGCGAUGGAGGAAUCGAUGUGCGAUAUGGAGAAAGAGUUGGUUGCUACGAAAAUGAAGUGGGCAGAGCUUUCCGAGAACCAUGAGAACCUGCGCCAAAAAUGGAGCGAUCUUCGUCGUGCUCUCGACUAA